CGCAGGCGGGUCUCGCGCUGCCCCGCGGGAGGGGCCGAGCCCGUGUUCCUCCUCCCUACCGGUCCCCAUCCUUAAAGCACGAGCCCGGACGCCCCGCCUGUUGGAGACGGCGUCUGGCUCCGGACAGCGAGCGGCCGGGGCGGGCCACGGCCGACCGAGGAGGGCCUGAGGCAACGGACCCACCGCGGCUGGCACACGAGCCUCUCGGCCCCGACUGAGUGGUUGCGGGAGCUGUGAGGGAAGGGGUCGCGGGCGCCAUUGCUGCCCAUCAGAACGCCGCAGGGUCCCCGUCAGCCCUCGGCUGCUCUACCCCGGCUGGGAGGAGCCGUCGCCAGUCCCCGGCCCGGUCUCGUGAAUCGGGUGCCUCGUCUGCCGCCCGCGCCGAGACCAUGUUUGACAAGACGCGGCUGCCGUACGUGGCCCUUGAUGUGCUCUGCGUGUUGCUGGCUUCCAUGCCUAUGGCUGUUCUAAAUUUGGGCCAAAUAUAUCCAUUUCAGAGAGGCUUUUUCUGUAAAGACAACAGCAUCCAGUAUCCGUACCAUGACAGUACCGUCACAACCACUGUCCUCAACACAGUGGGGCUUGGUUUACCCAUUUCCUGUAUGAUUGUUGGAGAAACCCUAUCUGUUUACUUUAACCUCUUGCACUCGAAUUCCUUUAUCAGGAAUAACUACAUAGCCACUAUUUACAAAGCCAUUGGAACAUUUUUAUUUGGUGCAGCUGCUAGUCAGUCCCUGACUGAUAUUGCCAAGUAUUCGAUAGGCAGACUGCGGCCUCACUUCUUGGAUGUUUGUGACCCAGACUGGUCAAAAAUCAACUGCAGUGAUGGCUACAUUGAAAACUACAUAUGUCGAGGGAAUGCACAAAAAGUGAAGGAGAGCAGAUUGUCCUUUUACUCGGGCCACUCUUCGUUCUCCAUGUACUGCAUGAUGUUCGUGGCACUUUAUCUUCAAGCCAGGAUGAAGGGAGACUGGGCAAGACUCUUACGCCCUACACUGCAAUUUGGUCUUGUUGCUGCGUCCAUUUAUGUGGGCCUUUCUCGAAUUUCUGAUUACAAACACCACUGGAGUGAUGUGUUGACCGGACUCAUUCAAGGAGCUCUGGUUGCAAUAUUAGUUGUAAGUAUACAGGGCAACGGGCAACAGACAUCCUGAUACUGAGAAACACUUGGAUAAAUAAGUAGAAAAAAAUGUCCCAAUGAGAAAAGUAUGCUAAGGCAGAGAAUGUGGCUCAAUAAUUGCUACUGGGUAAGGACCCCAACGUUAUUAAAAGUCAUUUUAGGAUAGAUAGCAAAUAAUACCUACGUUACUUACUCUUCGCAAAAGUUAUUUAAAAUUUUUUUUUAAUUGUAAAAAGCUCUGGCUAUAAAGUUUUCUUUUUAGUAUGAAUUGAAAAAAAAAAACAAAAAACUAAUUUACAUGAGGAAUGACACUUUCAUUAAGGGCUAGCAGAGUGAAGCCAUCUGCCCAGUACAUAACAGAGCAACUCCCAGAAUGUCCUUAACAAAAAUUCCUGUUAGCCACUAAUUUAUUCGUACCCUUAACCUGUACCCUGUAAAGUAUAUCCUUUUGUUUAUAUUUUGCACACUGCUUAUUGCAUAUGGUUUUUAAACUUAUUUAAAAUUGUAUCAUUAAAUACUUUGCCCCAU